AUGCAGAUUUCUAAUGCAAGGGAUAAAAACCCUAGAACAGAUGAUAUGCACUUUUACGGUGUGAUUAAGCAUAUAUGGGAGUUGGACUACUACAAGUUUAGGGUACCAUUAUUCAAAUGUGAUUGGGUAGAGAAUGUUAGGGGCAUCAAAGUAGACGAACUUGGGUUUACUUUGGUGAAUUUGAAUAGGAUAGGGCACUUAAAUGAUGCUUUUGUCUUAGCUACGCAUGUUAAGCAAAUAUUUUACAUACAAGACCCCCUUGAUGUGCAAUGGUCAGUGGUAGUAAGGUGUCCAGAUAAAGACUACCAAGAGGCUAAUGAUGAUGAGGAGCUACAAGAUAUUGAAGUCGAACAGCAGCCAUUUAAUGCCACAUUGCCAUCUGUUGAGACUUUUGAUGAUAUAGUUGGUGAUGAUCACAUCAAUUAUAUGCGACCUGGAGAUGAAGCCAUAUGGGUCAUGGCUCCCCGGUCUAACAACACAGCCAAAGCUAGAGCUAUAGCACUAAGGAUAAAGGCAUUGCAAAUGAAAAGAGGUAAAAAGAUCGUGUCAAAACCAGCUGUUGAAGAGAUUGAUGUACCACUCCAAUCUACCUUUGCUCAGCAAGAUGCAGCCCCUAAUAAAGCUGCAACCCCCAAGAAAGCUCAAGCGACAUCAAAAAAAACAAGGUUCAGACUUGCUCACUCUAACAAAUCUGCAUCCCCAAAGAGAAGUGUAUCCAAGCAAGCUGGUAAGUCCAAGAAGGCAGCAUAUGCACGUAAUGUUGGAAAGAGCAAGGCCCCUGAUGAAGAGGACAACGUAACCGGUGGACUACAGUUACUUAAGCGUGGGAUGGUAACGAUGAAUCGCAUUUCAAGGCGACUUAUUCGUGGAAAGAGGCUGAAAGUUGAGUGUAAUGCUCAAGGGGAACCAAUUGGAAAGGCAGCUAAAGAGAUGCAGUCCUAUAUUGGGGUAUUGGCACGUACAAGGAUCCCAAUAUCUAUAAAGGAUUGGAGAGGAGUGAAAUUAGAUGAGAAAGACAAAAUCUGGGAAAGUAUUGAGGAAGCAUUUGUGGUGCCUAAGGAGUGGAAGAAAUUGGUUAUUACAUCAGCCGCCAAUAAAUGGAGAGAAUUCAAGAGCAAGUUGACAAACUGGUACAUUAUGCCAUAUUUGGAUAACCCUGAACUGUUGGAGUUCCCUCCCGAUGAUUAUCGAUCCAUUGACCAACAUGACUGGGAUAAGUUUGUUGCUGAUAGGACUACCACAAAAUUUAAGGAACUUCGCGAGGCACAAAUAAAAAAGCGAAAGGAGAAUAAGUACCCUCAUCGAAUGGCGCGAAAAGGAUAUGCUAAUCUUCAAGAAGAACUGUCUGAAACAAUACCGAUCGAAGAACUUGAUCGUGCGACAAUGUGGGUAAAGGCACGACAAGACAAGACCGGCAACUUCAACGGGCCGGCAGUCAAGAAGACAGUUGAAAAAAUUGACAAACUAAGGCAAAAAUUGUGUGAAGGUGAAGUGAAUUCUUCUGGAUCAGAUGAUAUUCUAACAUUGGCAUUGGGAAACCCUGAGGCCCCUGGCAGGGAAUCUGUAGAAGACACCUUGAGGGUGAGUGUGAAGAGGAUAUUAGCUGAAGAGAAAGAAACUAUCAUUGCCAAUGAAAGAGCUAAAUGGGAGCUGGAGAUGGAACAUCACAUUGCCAAGGAAAGAGCUGCUUGGGAGGAUAGGUUUAAGAAGUUGGAAGAAAAGGUUGUGAGGAAAGAGGUUGACAAUGAUUCAUUGAAAACAUUGACACCGUUGAAUGAUAUUGGUUCUGGACAAGGCAGUUGUUCCCGGCAAAAUGACAAGGGUAUGAAGCUUGGUCAAACUGAACUUGCUAGAAAUGUCAAGAAGAAGUUAAUCUUGAACAAUGCUGCACAAGUGGAUGUUGAAGAGGAGACUGCUAUGCCGUUUCUGGAUAGUAAAUUGAGCAGCAAAUUUGCAUCGGUUAUUGAGGAUGAUGUUGGGAUAGUUGGUAGACCUCUCAUGAAGACUAAAUUCUGGGAAGAACUUCCGAAAUCUCAGGUUAUGACCAAUACGGUCAAGUUGGAGUCUAAGCUAGCAAUAAAUUCAUUGGAUAAUGUAGUUGCUCUUGGAACCAUCGUUGAAGUUGAUAUUGAGGCUACCAAACAAACAAUCCAUGGUGUUCCAAUGGGAGAGGAAAAUGUGCGCGUGUCAGUCACCAAAGCUAUUGUUGAAGAUGCUUUGCUACCAUUUCCUAUCAAAGAUGAGAUUGUCAAAAUACGCGAUGCAAUUGGCACAUGCGUUGCUUGGCCUAAAAACUUGAUUAUACCCCCCACAGUUGAGCAAAAGGAAGGAGUAAAGCGUAAAAUUGUGAAGAAGAGAAAUAGAGACAUAUAUGAUGAUGAUGAUCAUGAUGACCUUCAAAACCUGCCAGCCAAGUUGCCUUUACCCCUAAAGAUGUUGUGCCAAUGGGCCAACACAUUCUUAAAGGAUGGGUUCACCAUCCACACCACUUUGGGAGAAGAUCUUUUCGGCCAUCCAAAGAAGGUAGCUAUCUUUAGGAGGGAUGUGUAUGCGAUGACCAAUAUGAAGGAGAUAUCGAACGGCUCAUUAGUGAUGUAUAUGAGGUUUGUAGUGCACAUUAAAUCUGUUAAAUUGUAUUAG